AUGGAAUCUCUGGUAAACAAGCUUAACAAAUGGUACGAGCUGAAGAAGGAGCACACCCGCUUGAUGCAUGAAAGAAGAGAAAGAGAGGUGAGGAGAAUUGUUGAGGAAGCAAAGAAAACUCAGAACAUUGAAAUGCUUUUGGAGAUACUGACCACGGAUGCAGACAAGUGUAAGGACCUCGAGGGGUUUCUAACCAGCGAGUUCAAGAGAAGCAUAGCAUUCAACAGUAAGGAGAGAAUAAACCAGAUCAUUAAAUGUAUGUGCAUCCUAGGCUUGAAACGAGAAAAACCUAGGUUAAUGAUGAUAGACCACCUUGAGAGUGUUUACUCAAAGACAAGAAAACCCUCGACUGUAUCAAGGAUAGAGCUUCUUAAGAAACUCCAAGAAUACGACGAGACAAAUGGCCUGAAGAUCCAUGAAUACAUUGAGAAUAGAAUUGACGAAGAGGUGGACGAAUAUGUGAGGAAAAUACCUCUAGAGGCCCCGAAGGAGUUAGAUAGAUGGUUGAACGAAAUGGUUGGAGUAGGACGGUACAGGCCAAGGCUCUUGCAGAUGUACAAAGAUCUUGAGAUCAAAUACUUCACAAUGUGUCUUGGGAUUGUGAUGUUAGGUGACAAGGAAAGUGCCGUAGAAGACAUUGUGUAUCUUGUUAAUAAGAUCCGCUUGCGGAGUAAUACAGUUGGGGUUUCUAUAGACAAUGAGGUUAUGGAGAAGCUCAACGAGUGUAAGAUGCUAUGGGAGGAAGAGAUUAAAGCACUAUUUCACCAUUGUGAACAGCUAUGA